GCCAUUCUUGAGAAAGCACAUGUACCAUUGCGGCGAGAUUGCGGCUAGGUACGGUUGACAGUUGGAGGAGUGGACAUUUCUCAUAAUGUUAUUGAAUGAAAUUCCUAAGAUUACAGGAGGUCGUGCAGAGGCUGUUCACAAAAAGUUUCAAGAAGAAGAGUGCCAAAAUGCUCAUAGUACAUCUGUAUUAUCAGAUCAUCAUUUAGAAACAUAUCUCAGUGCUUGGGCAGAACUUCCAGGACCAGACAACGCUACUGGUCCUGGAUUUCAGAACACAGCAGAAUGGAUUUUGGGAGAUCGAAUUUCGUCAAAGGCAACUUCACUGUUUAUUCAAUCUGGAUGGUCAUUGCAUCGUUUGUUAACAUCCACUAAUGAAGAAUUACGUGAAAUUGGGAUUGCAUUUCAAAGCGAUCGUGCAAAUAUACUUGCUGCAGUUCGUGCCUUUCAUUUAGUUCCUUGGAGGACAAUGCAGACUAUUAGCCUUAAACCUGGAGGGCAGAGUAAGAAACACAAAGAGCAUAUAGUUUUUCUCCUGGAAACUUUCUCACGUUUGACUCUACAGCUGUAUAUUGAUGCAGCAACUGUUGCAUGGCUUCGGCAACGGAUACCAAAGAAACACAGUGAUAAAGAGCGCUUAAUUACUUCUGUGAAAGAAGCAAUACAAGCAAGUAGGAUUCUGAUCAAUAUGACUGAAGGGAUUUACAAGUGCACCAAACAACACUGCAAGAAUUUACCUCAACGCCCUGUUGAUUUCAUCGGACCAAAAGACAAGAAAAGCUGGCCUAUGUAUAAAAGAAUAGUUGUUUCCUCAGUAUUUCUAGUCUCAGUUAGUCUCUUGUCACCUUUCAUUGAAGACAAGAUCUCUCGCACAGUUCUUAGUCCUCUUUGCAGGUUACCAAUAAAGUGGUGUAUUGUUUUUGCAUGGAUGUGUGUCUGAUUGUUAGUAUUUGUAUCAUAUGUUGAAGUGUUUGGAUGCAAAUUGGUUUCACUUAAGAGGUAACAUAGUACAAAGUAACACGUGUUUAACCUCAUUAAGUAUGUGAACGGAGUGAUUAGACCUAUCUGUGAUAAAAUGUAGGACAAACUAAAAAAUUACCUUUAAACUUUUAUUUUUGUUGAUGUGUUAUGUGGUCUUUAAAAUGUGAAAAGUAUUGACCUGACCUGGUCAUCAAAAUUGUUACAUGCACUAGAUGUGAAAUGGGUUAAUUAUUAAAUAAACAAGUCUUAACUGUUUCAUGCCCAUGUGAGGACAUCCAAAUGAAAACUUCUUUUUGUAACGUCACAUUGCACCUAGAAAAAUUGUGAAUAACUAUUGUUUAGGAAUACUAUGUUUUAAUAUCUAUGGCUUAUCGUGAGGAUGUCUGAACAGUUGUUGGGUCUGCUGUUUCAGUACUAGAGAACGUUGGACAUUUCACAUGAGGUUUGUGCAUCAACUAAAUGUUUUCUCAAUUACUAAUAAAUUGAAACAUUCUAAAAGAAAAUUCAUCAAAUUUGGUGCUUAUGUGGACUCAUCAAUUCCAAUUUUAAUUUGUGUGUUAAGAUGAUCCCUCUCUGUGAUUCCUGAGGUAUGCUAGAAAAAUAUAACAGAAAAACAAGUUCAAACAUGUUUGCAAUAUGAUAGUUUUUAAUAAUUCAAUUAGAAAAAAAAUAUUUUUAUCAUUAAAAAAAAAGUGAUGGAGGAGAACCUAAUUUUAGAAGAAAGGCCUAUAGUAUCCUUAGAAUAGACAUACAUAGUAUAUUUCCAAAAAAAUUUUAGAAUAGGCAUACUUUCAGCCUGUAAAUGUUCUCAAAUAUGGUAAUAUUGAACUCUGGGUGUUUGUAGUGUGAAGUUGUUGAAAGUAAGAGGAUGCAGUAUAAGUAAAAUCAAGCUUAUGCGUAAAUAGUAAUAUUAAAUUCAUUGAAUUUUCACCCCUUAUAACACCUCGAGAUUCUGAGUGAAGUUUCAACAUAAUAAGAUGCUUGUGGAGCAUUAGUAGUGGCUUUCAGGUGUGCUCUGUGCAAAAUGCUGCCUUGCAGAUCUCAGACUUCAUGAUAUAUGUAAUGAAUGUUUGUAUACACUAGGCAAAGUGUAGGCAUUGUGCAAGGUGAAAAGUUAUGUUUUCACCAAAAUUAGUUAACUCUCAACUAGGAAACAGUUUGUACUUGGCAGAAAAGGGUAAUGUGCAACAAUGCAAACAUUCCCAAAGAUAUAAAUUAUUGUUUUAUAGUAUUAUCUAGUGUUAUUGGGGAUGAGCAUGAAAUUAAUUGUUGAAUCAAUCUGAUUACUCUUGAAGCUAAGUGAUGUUCACAAUCUCAACUGUAUCUGUCAGUGUGUUUUUGGUACCUUAGUUUGUUUUAAGAUAGUUCUAUAUCUAAAUAAGGCAUUUAUAGGAUAUAUUUUACUUGAAAUUAUUAUUAUUAUGAUGAUGUUUUUCUUUUGGUUUUAUGUACAAAUAAAAUGAAAUCCAAAGAAAGAAUUGUAAUAAUUGAAAAAUUUUGACUCAUGACAUACAAUUCCAAUGUUUGACAGGCAACUUAAUGUAUCUCUAAAAGUACUUGAAACAAUUACAUUUUCUUAUUUGCAGAA